AAAAAAGCAAAAAAAAAAAAAAAAUAAGACGAAAAAGAAUAUUUUUUCAAUUCAUGUGAUAUGUAAAACGCCUAAGCACAAGAAGAAAAGUCUAAAAUAUUUAUGAGCAAGAAAAUUAAUAAUGAAAUAUUUGUAAAUAUAUUUGGGAUAUUUUCAAAAUUCCCAAAUCGAUAUGCUUUCUGCGAGUGACAGUGAUUCAUGAAAUAUAGUAUGCAGUUUCAUUUGCUACUUUUGCCCUGGAAUACCACAAUUAUGUAUAUGUACAUAAUAAAUAUCUGUAGAUAUAUUUAUACACUUAUGCAUAUAUGAGUGCAUUAACACUUCAUAUCCAUUAAACGCCAGGAAAUGGUUAAAAUCAAAAAGGUUUUUAGGCCAUACUGAUUAUGAGUUCCACAAAGCAACACGUGGCUGUGGCUACAAAUAAUACAAAUUUGUCGAAUUCUGCCCGGCCACAAAAGGAUUAUAGUGCUGAAGAUUCAUUGGGUCGACAAAAUAGUUUUGGAAAUAGUAGGAGAGGAAACAUGAAGGGUAAACAUUUAACACGUAGUCAUGCUAUGCGUGAAUCUGCCUCGCCCCCGCGUACUCCGACGCCAAGGUCAGCGGAGACCUAUCAGGUAUCUCCGAACGGUGCAACUUUAAGUUACCCGACCCACCAACAUCAUCAAAACCAUUUAGAUGCAAACGAAAGCAAUAACAAUAAACUACAUACUCAAACGUCCGCAACUAGGGGCAACUCACCGACUAUCGAAACACCGACUGUGAUUGUGACUAGUCAACAAAAGCAACAGCCAAAUGUCUCACUCUGUAAUGAGACUGAGUUUCCAAAGCUGACGCCACCUAAAUCGAAAAGUGGCGGGGGUGGAGGAGGAGGAGGGAGCACUAAUAAUAACGGCCAACAACAAUAUCGAAAUAUUAGCGAUAAUAAUAGCAAUAACAACAAUUCUAAUAAGAAAUCUCCUGUCGAUGUAAAAGCGGUUGCACAUGCAGAGACAACCUACUGUGAUUCGCACAAAGGCAGUAAUGGUGAUGGAAAUAAUCGAGGUGCCACUAACGUCAUUAUCAAGCCCAGCGUUAGUCAAACGCAGUUUAGUACAUCAAAUGCUUCACAUGUUGGUGAACAAAAUGCAUCAGCAACUCAAGCUGAUACGAUCUACAACUCUCAUCUUAACUACCAGUUACAUCUUAACGAUGCCCAACAAGCUCAACAGCAACACGAGCCGCAAUGCAACACUUACGAUAAAGAAAUUCGUAAUCCACGUAUUGACAGUCAGAAUAGUAACAAUUCUAAUGACGAGCCAUCGUACUAUGAUCAUCAGCAACUGCAGCAACCGCAACAGCAAUCUCAUCCACAGCGAUCUGCUGGUAGCAAAAAGCAUCGUACAAAUUCAAGUUCAAAAGGUUCAAAGUCUCGUUUGAAAAACAUGAACACAAAUGGAAAUAACACAGGCAGUGGCGGAGUUGUUCCCGGUAGUAGCAUGGACGGCAGUGUUAAUAGCAGUAACAACACAUCCGGAUUCAUUUCGAGAGAAAAUUCGAACGAACAAUACACAGAUCAUGGGGGAACAGAUUUGUUAAGUUUUUUUAAGGAGACCUUAAAUAAGAACGUGAAAGAUCGCCAACUGUUAUUGAAAAUUGAGAAAGACCUAAUCGAUUUUGUUCAGGAUGGAAAUUGCGGCGAAAUGCGCUUCCCUUCAGCAUCAUCAUAUAAUCGUAUGCUAAUACAUCGUACAGCAGCCUUUUUCGGCAUGGAACACAAUGUUGAUACUGAAACGCAGCAGUGCGUUAUUGUAGCGCCAACAAAAAAUACUCGCAUCCCAGACAUUCGUUUUAGAUCACUGGUACUUAAUCAGCGAGACGAGACGCGCAAGUCCAUACUCAAACGUGAUACCCAUAGUUUUGACGAUGCUCGUCAAAGUAGCUACUUAUGCCCGGAUCGUGCCAUGUUAGAUCGCAAAGCUAAAAGUUUCGAGGAAAGGGGGGAUGAAUACGAUCGCAGUCGUCCCCGUAUAUUUAAUCGCAUGCCGAGCGAUGCUAACAGCAGUGCAGAGGAUGACAAUUAUAUAAGCUGGACAAGCUCAGUGGAGCCACAGCCCAUGCCGCGAGUUCGACACAAUGGAAAAAUGUCGAAAACACAAAAUUCGUUAGAUGUUCGGGAGAGUCGUUCUUGUAGUACGACAAUAAAAGCGAACAAUUUUGGGAAUUAUGGUUCCACGCAGUCCACAACAGUCCAUUUAUUACGAGGAGAACCAAUUAACUCUACAAAAAACAAUAACACAAGAGGAUUUCCGAAGCAGGAUACGACCGCAAACACUAAUACGCCGUGGCGCCUAUCUCCUUCCAGUAAUAGCUCUGCUUACCAUUUUGACCCGUCCAACCUAACGCCACCACAUGGUUCAAACACGGGAAACGGAAUUUAUCAUGAUAACCAAAAUAACACGCCGCAGCACCAAUCUUUGAAGAAAACGAAAGGAAAUCAAACCCAGCAAUCCCAAAAAGCAGAAUCCAGCUCAUCAUGCUCUGCUGGGGAAAAUGUAUCGGAGUCCUCGACGCAAACCUCAUCUACGGGUAUAGUUGAGGAUGGUUUAAAUAUGAACCUAGAUGGUAAUCAUCAAGAAAUUACAGAUGUUUCCAAGCAAUGUAGUGGUGAUGAAUGUGAUAAAGCAGCCAAUAGUUGUGUUAGCAUUACUACAACAAUAUCUACGAAAAAUUAUGAUCGUAUUGAAGUUCAAAAAUUUAAAAACCAAUCAACAAGUCCGAAUAUACCACUUUGUGAUAGGGAAGACGUAUCAAAAACGGAGUUCUCAAGCCAAACAUCUCAUCCGGGUCAAAGUCGUGAAACACCGCACUCGACCUGUUCCACACCUUAUAGUAAUAACGAUACCUUUCCGAAGCGUUCUUCCGAGGAGCCGAAAUCAGCAACUUGGACUCAAAGCUAUCAAGCACUCGACGGAUCAACAGUUUUCCACACCACCACAAUGUCAAAUGGUAGCACUCCGUACUGUACUGCAACAUAUCAGCAAGCGCCGGAUGGUAGUAUUUAUGCGAUACCACAAGGAAUGAUUUACGCAUAUCCUCAGCAGGUUGAGGGGGAGCUGCAAGGUUAUCUUAUGCCGGUAUAUGAUACAUCUCAACGAAUCGCUGAGCCUGCAAAUUUAAUGCAAGCUGGCACGCAAACGUUAUAUUCUACGGGCGGCACAACAACGGUGGUUCCGCUAGCUGCGUAUCCUACAACGCAGUUUGCUACAGCCAAUGGCACACAUAUAUAUCCAGGUCAAGUCAUUUAUCCUACUGAACAGUUCCCUGUAGCUGGCGCAACGUUGGCGACCACAGCUCCUAAUUCAGCUACAGGGCAGCUACAUCAAAUGCCUAUGGCCUCUUAUCCAAUUGGAUAUCCAUAUCCUUACAAUGGUUAUUGGGGCCAAACAAUGACAUAUUAUGUUCCGCAGCAUGCCAUCGCAAAUGUUGUACCUGCGACAUCAUUGUUGCCAGCAGUGCAGGUACCACCACCACCUUCAGUACCUAUAACGAAUACACAUGUUCCAGGCGCCGUAAGUUUGGGUUUGAAUGGGAACCAUGCGACGGCUGGUCCGUCAACAAAUUCUGCAAAUAUAUGUAAUGCCGUAAACAGUACUAGCAGUAAUAACACUUCUUUAUGUGUGAAUCAAACACCAGGCUCAAGCGGCUCUCAAGCGCACAUUGGUAGUAGUGGCACAACGAUUUUCGGUACAGGUCGUAUAAAACGCCCGACACCGUCGCACUAUACUAGCGGACAAAGUGGCAAUAUAUCGGUUGUCGCAGCUGCUUCAAUACCAAACGGUGCUGGGACAGCGGCAUUUCAAUUGAAUCAUCAAGUACCGACUCUUACGCUGACAGCUGCAGCACCGGGAACAUCAGCAACCUCAUCAUCAGAUCCCAGUGGAAAUGGAGCGACUCCAAGCACAGGCAUGUAUGCCUUAUCACCGCAUGCAACCAUAUUCCCUGCAAACGUGUUUUCGUAUGCAAAUGUUACAACCGCUGGUAGCCAUACAGCUGUUUCGAAUGUUGCACCAUCGGCAACUCUGAUUCCACAAUCAGCUACUGCCCAACCUAUGUCGACUGGAACGAUAUCUGCAAACGCUAACGCUACUGUUCACUCUCAUCAGCAGAACGCUAUGAUUACACCGUUUUAUCCAGCACAUCCUACAGCUCAUCCAGGCCUACACACUUCUGGGCACGCAAUUCACCCACCUGGCCAAGCAGCUAUACCUAUUGUGGAUCCAAAUUUAUUAACGAACAUUUCUCAAGGCCCUAGUAGUGCAACAUUCGCGAGAAAUGGGGGCAAUGGAAGCAACCCAUCACAAUCUACAUCCAGUACACCUCAUUCGAUACCAUCUGCACCCCCCAAUCAACAUAAUCCAGUGGUAUUUUCCACACCACCCAUAAUAGGUAGCAAUAGUGGAAAUAACUCUAACGGAGGAAACUACAAUAGCUCUUCUACACCACAAUAUUUAACAAAUUUUGAUCAACACAAUCAGGCCACUGGAGUUGGGAAUACCAGCAACACUCACUGUUCAUAUUCAUCGACAUUUGAUAAACGUAGUAAUAAUAUAAGUGUAAGCGGCAAAAAGCUGUUAGUGUUUAAUAACAACAGUUUGAAUCGGCAGAAUUCUGCUAAUUCCAGUGGCUAUAACGGUAGUGGGAAAACACCUUUGCUAACUAACAGCAUCGAUAUAGGAUCACCAUUGAGCAACAAUACGUCAGUUCGGUCGCAUGCACUUAAACGUGGUGACGGUAACGAGAAACAACAAACGUUCUUGUUAAGUGGCCCAUGCGGGUACGCAGGAAAUUCCGGUAGCAAUUGUCAAACUUCCUCUACCUCAGAUAUAGCCCCAAUUAAUACGGUUGGUAUUUCAAAGCCGCCAAUUCGUUUGAAUGCAGCUGCUACCGCCUUUCGCCAAAAAACCGUCAGUAAUGGCUCUAGUACCAAUUACCGUAAUAAUUCGACGCCACAACGCAAUUCCCCGGGCACAAACUCCAGCAGUAAUGAAAAUAGCAACAACAAUUCACCUAAUAGCAUACAAACAUGCUCAAAUGCUGCCGCUCCUAUCACAUCUGGGUGUUAUGCACCUUCGUAUAUGAUUGGCGGCAACAAUGUCAAUGAUUUGCAUUGUAACACUGCGGCAUCUUCUUUAUACUUAGCAGCUACCCGCGGAACUGGACACAUUCCACCACACUUGCAGCAUGUUGCCGCAGGUGGGGCGGCUUUAUCAACAGCAUCUCCAACAUCGGCUGUAUCUCAACAAGCUGCUACGUCUGUGCUAGGAGGUGCUGCGGCAGCUGCCGCGGCUGCCGAUGUGGCCGUUGUUGCUGCAGCGGCAACGGUCGCUCAUCACCAACCACUCUUAGGCACUUAUAAUCCAGGCACACCAGGAGUUUACUUCAAAUACGGUCAUACUUAUUUUGCCCAUCCUUCCGUAGCUUUACCAAAUAAUCGUCGCUCUCCUUCAACUGAUUUAAGACCACCAAUGGCUCAAAUGGCUAGUGUAUAUCCUGCAGUCAAUAUGAUGAUACCAGCUCAAACACGUUAUCCGGGUCGUCAUACAAAUCCAAAUUAUAAAGGCCCACGGCCUCGCUAAGCAAAUAAGAGCGUGUUAACUUUUUGCCUGCAAGACUAGUUAUGCUGGACCCCUAAGAGAGUAAUAUUAAAUCAAUCAAGUUAAACAUUAAAUCAAAGAAAGUAAACCUUGCUUCUCAGAGCGCAAAAUCAAUCAUCCAAUCAUGGUGGUUUUAGCUGAAAUUAAUACAGUCUAUAAUUAUAAUAACAUGAAUAACAGAACAUCACUAAUGAUAACAACAACUACAACAACAAUAGUAACAAUAAAAUUAUGUGCAUCUCUUCCGUUAUGCUUACAACGCAGUUUCGACGUUAGGCGAAGGUUUAACUUAUUAAUAACAAACAUUAGUCUCUUCUAAGUAGAUAGAAAACUUUGAGUCAAAAUAUGUUGAUAGGUGUGGGCAGAUCCGUUACAUGAGCAUUGCACAUAUGUAUGGACAUACGCUCAUCUAAAACAUCGGUUAUCUAGUGUAUACACAUACAUACAUAUGUAUAUAAAUUAAAAAAAGGGCAAACAACUCAAAUUCCACCCAAUGCUGUUGUAUAUAUGUAUGUAGUACUAGUGCAAUAUAUUCUUCCACUAAGUGCUGAUUGCAUUUUCAAUGUAAAAGCCUGUACAUUAUGUCCGCAUAUACCAGCAUUAUUGCGGCAAGAAAAUUCGAACAAAACACCAGAGGAUACGUACUAUAGAUAGCAUACAGAGAUGAAAGUAAAAAUUUAAACAUACGCACAUACUAUUACUAUACUAUCCAUAUGUAUGUGUGUGCAUGUAUGUGAGUAUGUUAAUAACUGCACUUUGAAUUAAGAUUCACUGUGUAAUCGUAAGUUGUUUUAAGUAGCAUAAUAAACAUUUAUUUAUUUGUCAAAUUAUUGUUAAUAUUAUUAUUUAU